UGCAACGCCGACUUUCUGCGCUCCAUGUAGCAGCGAAGAAUGUACACUAGUCUGGCGAAAGGCAUGUUGUCUAAAAUCUCGGGCAUCAUUUGGAGCGCCCUCUCGUGCAGCGGCGACAGAUCUGGUAAAUAUAGCUCUCGAAGCAUGCCAGGCAGCAGUAAAGCAGUAUACUCAGACGCUGGGCAGGUAGGAUAUCAUUCACAUCUCUGAGAGCCUCUGUUAAAAGGAUGUGCUUUUGCUCUAUCCCUUCGCACGCUGGCGUCCACACUUGGCGCCAAGCCCGUGCCCCA